UCUUGUUUUUCCAUAGUGCAAAUGAAUUAGUAGCUAGUAUUAGUAAAAUACAUUGCUUUACUCUUUUGCAUAUUUGCGUAUAUAUAUAUGUAUGUAAAAAAAUAAUAUUAAGAGCUUUAGUGAGACGUAUUAGAGAGAUGACAGUACCGGUGAAAGAUGAAUUGGUGCCUCACCCAAUAAAAGACCAACUUCCAGGAGUCGAUUAUUGUAUUAACAGCAAUCCUUCUUGGGCUGAGGCCGUUAUACUGGGUUUUCAACACUAUUUAGUAAUGCUUGGCACUUCUGUCAUCAUACCUACCAUCAUUGUCCCUCAAAUGGGUGGUGGCAACGUGGAGAAAGCUCAAGUGAUACAAACUUUGCUCUUUGUUGCUGGGGUGAAUACUCUAUUGCAAUCUUGGUUUGGAACCCGGCUUCCAGUGGUGAUAGGUGGAUCAUUCAGAUUCAUAAUUCCAGCCGUUUCUAUUGCAUUAUCCAAUAGAUAUAAUACAUACCUUGAUCCUCGUGAGAGGUUUAAACAAUCAAUGAGAAGUAUGCAGGGGGCUCUGAUGAUUGCAUCCGUUAUUCCAGUAUUAGCUGGCUUUCUUGGAAUUUGGAGAAUUGUUACAAGGUUCUUGUGUCCGCUUUCUAAGGCUCCAUUGGUGUUACUUGUUGGCAUUGGGCUAUAUGAGCAAGGUUUUCCACUUCUGGGAGAAUGUGUUGAAAUUGGACUUCCAGAGUUAGUUCUACUCAUAUUGUUGUCACAAUUCAUUCCUCAUAUGUGGAAAUUAAAGCAACCCAUAUUUGAGCGAUUCGCUGUCCUGUUAUCAGUUGGAUUAGUGUGGGCAUUUGCAGCAUUUCUCACAGUAGCAGGUGCAUACAAGAACAGACCCCUACAGACUCAGUUCAGUUGCCGAGUUGAUCGCUCUGGGCUUGUUAGUGGAGCUUCAUGGAUAAGAUUUCCUUACCCAUUGCAAUGGGGUAUUCCCAAUGUUGACGCUGGACAAGUCUUUAUGAUGAUGGCUGCAGUUUUCGUUUCUCUUGUUGAGUCUACUGGAGGAUUUAUUGCAGCUGCAAGAUAUGGAAGUGCAACAUAUUGCCCAGCUUCCAUUCUGAGCCGGGGUGCUGGAUGGCUGGGAUUAAAUACGUUGAUCAAUGGUUUAUGGGGAACCCCCAGUGGAUCUACUGUAUCAGUUGAAAAUGUAGGUCUUUUAGCAUUGACACGAGUUGGAAGCAGAAGAGUAAUUCAAAUCUCUGCAGUAUUUAUGCUUUUCUUUUCUGUGUUAGGAAAAUUUGGAGCUAUUCUUGCUUCAAUACCUCUGCCAAUCGUUGGAGCUUUAUAUUGUGUCUUGUUUGCCCUCAUGUCUGCUGCUGGUUUUGAUUUACUACAGUUCUGCAACCUGAACAGCUAUAGGACUAAGUUUAUAUUAGGUUUCUCAAUCUACAUGGGCCUUUCUGUGCCACAAUACUUCAACGGUUAUGUCAUAACCACUGGUCGCGGUCCUGUUCAAUCUGGCAUAGCCACGAUUGACCAAAUUAUGCAAGUGAUCUUCACGUCCCCUGCCACAGUGGCAGGAGUUAUAGCUUACUUGUUAGACAUCACUCUGGCGCGCAACCAUCCUUUAACCAGGAAAGACAGUGGAAGGCAUUGGUGGGCUAAGUUCAAGUACUUUGGGCGAGAUCCUCGGAGUGCAGAGUUUUACUCUCUCCCUUAUGGCCUCUCCAAGUACUUUCCUUCAAUAUGACACAUUGAUGUUAAUUAAGAAUGAGAAAUUUGUCGAAAUACUCAGAAGUUACAAAGAAGAAGUGAAACAAGUAUAUGACAUUUGAUUUGUCUCAUCUCCUAAUGUUAUUGAGAAAUGAGAAGUAUUCUAAUUAUUGAGAGCAAUUACUUUUAGUAUAAAUAAAAGGAUUAGUUGAUUAGCAUGAUGUACAUGAUCUGGUGUUGUAAUUGGAUAAUAUGCUUAUAUUUCAAGCAGUUUUCAACUGUU